AAAUACUCCCUCACACGCCAUAUUAUAUUGUGAAAAAUUUCCCCUUCACUCUAUUUAUAUCCAUCCAGUAGUCACUACUAUUUCCAAACCGACAAACAAAAAAAAGGAAAAUUAAUGUCGAACCAUGGUACUAAUAAAGCAGUCUGCCAGCUGGAGCCAUGGAGAGAGCUCACCGGAAAAGUAGUAAUGGUGACGGGAGCAUCAUCUGGAAUUGGCAGGGAAUUCUGCUUAGAUUUAUGUAAAGCUGGUUGUAAAAUCAUCGCAGCCGCUCGUCGUGUUGAUCGAUUGAAAUCUCUCUGCGAUGAGAUCAACGGUCAGGAUCAAGAAUUACGAGCGGUGGCGAUUGAGCUUGAUGUUAGUGGGAAUGGUGCUGUAAUUGAAGCUGCUGUACAGAAAGCUUGGGAUGCGUUUGGACGUAUCGAUGCUUUGGUUAAUAACGCUGGUAUUCGAGGCAGGGUGCACUCUCCACUGGAUUUGACAGAGGAGGAAUGGGAUACAAUCUACAAAACGAACUUAAGAGGGGCAUGGUUGGUGACCAAAUAUGUUUGUAUUCAUAUGCGUGCUGCUAAUCAAGGAGGAUCUGUUAUUAAUAUCUCUUCUAUCGCUGGUCUUAAUCGUGGGCAAUUGCCUGGCGGUCUUGCUUAUGCUUCUUCAAAGGAUGCUCUUAACAGCAUGACAAAGAUGAUGGCCCUCGAAUUCGGACCAUACAAGAUCAGAGUGAACUCCAUAUCACCAGGACUUUUCAAAUCUGAGAUAACAGAGGCCCUCGUGAAAAAGGACUGGAUUCAUAAUAUUGCAUUGAGAACCGUUCCCUUGAGAACGCAUGGAACUUCAAAUCCCGCUUUGACUUCAGUAGUACGUUAUUUAAUCCAUGAUUCGUCAGAAUAUGUUUCAGGCAACAUGUUCAUAGUAGAUGCUGGAGUUACUUUACCAGGUGUUCCAAUUUUCUCAUCGCUCUAGUCAUAGAGGAAAUUGAAUUUGUUCUGUUUGAGUAUAGUGAUACAUGAUCCGGAGGUUAAGAAAAGGUUAUAGAAAUGUUUGGGAACGAACACAGUGCUUCCAACAUUAUCUGCUGUGUAGUUUGUGAAGGAAACAGCAGGUUGAAUUUGGUUACAGUUUGAAUUUAAUGUUUUGGUGUGAGAUGUUUAAGGUAAAGAAGGCCUUUUUUUCAUGGAAUUGUUCUUCCUUGUUUGGCUCCAUCUGAAAUUGUAUUAUUAAUUGAGUUAACUGCUUUGAAGUAAAGUUAAUUGUUUUUAUAAGGUUGGAAGUGACAGUUAUAUUUGUGUUGCUGACUUCUUUUUUCCGCUUCACUCAGAGAAGCUAUUUAAAUGUUACUCAUUGAACAAUUGAAAUGAUUCAAGGAAGCAGGAGACAUGUUAUUGUUGA